AUGGCCAAAGCUGUAGCAAGCACUUCAGCCCCCGGUGCAGCUAGCGGAACGCACCGGAUUGCACCCCUUUGGGGAACUGAGAAUUAUAAUAUGUGGCGCAUACAGAUGGAAGACAUAUUAUCAGAUCUUGAUCUAUAUGGCUACGUAAACAAGACGAUUAUUGCACCUAGCAAGACUGUACUGAAAACCAAAAGAAACCGGAAAGAUGACGAGGGCAAACCAUUGCCCGACUAUGAAUAUACAGCAACUAACGACGAAUACACAAAAUGGGUUAAAGCCGACCAAAAAGCAUUAUCUAAUAUAAGAUUAAGAGUUGACGGAAGUGUACUAAACCUAAUACAAGGAUGCACAACGUCCGCCAACGCUUGGAAUGCCCUCGCAACAACUUACCAAGUCAAGGGAACGGUCGGACUCAUUGACCUACAAAGAAAGUUUUUCAGUCACCAAAUGACUGAUGGCAAAGACAUUGAGGAACACAUCCAACGCAUGCGCGGAUGGUUCCAGCGAAUAAACAAUAUUAGUCCCGGCUCAUGCACUGAAGCCAACUGGAUCACAACAUUGAUUGCAAGCUUACCUGACUCAUGGGAUUCAUUCUCCCAAUCAGUAAGUUUCCAAUUCGAUUUACAAGAUAACAGCGCGUUAUCAAACCAAGUAAAUGACAUUAGAUUGCGCAUAACAGCCGAAGCACAUAGAAAGAAUGCCCAAAACCCAGAAGGGAAAGCAUUCUUUAGUACAAACAAAGCAAGCUUCAAUAAACCUAUACGUACCGGCAGUAAGGGACCAGAUAAGUCCAAGUCUAAAUGCAACAACUGCGGUAAGAUAGGACACUGGGCAGCCAAAUGUAGGGGCCCAGGUGGAGGUGCAUACAAACCCGGUCAGAACAAUGGCAAAGGAACAAAUAGAAAGUUCAACGCACCAAACAAAGCCCAAAACGGCAAUGCAAGGACGCAUAUAGCCGUUGAGGACAAUAACAGCAGUGCCAACUACGCGUUCUCGACCCUUGAGAAUUUGAAUAUAUAUGGAAAACCCGGAAUCAACCAGGAUUGGGGAGAUACAGUUGCUCCGCCCGCUGAGGGGGAGAUGACUCAUGCCAACAGCGCUGCGGAACAACCAAAAGAACCUGCUGGAACAGGGGGAGUGCAUACAGUCAGCAAGGAAGAAAAGAGUGACUCAAACAAACCUGUAGAUAUAAAAAGUGAGCCUAAGAUUGAACAAAAAGCAUCCAACAAACCAACAAAACUCACUCACAAUAACGUACUUAAACCUUAUACUACUCGUUCUCACUCUGCUAUGCGCAUUAACCCUAGCGCAACUACGAAUGCACUACAACAACUCAACACACUUACGUCCGGAACCGACAACGCAGGAGUCCAAACCCGCAGUCGGAAUCCUAACGUUGCUCCCAUCAAACUCAACAACGUGCGAGGAGGGAUUACCCUCAAGAUCCAGCACCCUCCCAUGUCCGAGUUCUCCAAUGUCCCUAUCACGCCCAGCAACCCCAAUAGCUCUGACAACACUGUACCUAGCGCAUACAACUUCUUUGACAGUCCCUCCACUGUACUACCCACCAAUACCGGCACCCCGGACCUUACCUACUCAAUGGUCACCCCAACAACACCCGAACCAACCAUCGACAAACUUUGCAAACAAUUCAAACAGCUAUACCUCAAUGAACCAUUGAUCCCCAAACAGCCGAACCCCACCUUGGCGUUGUCCGGAGAUAUGGAACCAACGUGGACGUUCAUCAACAAUGAACCGCCAACGCCGACGACCAACAGUCCUACCGUUGCGGAGGCGCUAUCCGGGCCAAACGCAGAGGAAUGGUGGAAGGCGAUGGCCAAGGAGGUCAGCACCCUUGAACAAAUGGGAACGUACAAACUAACAGACUUACCACCCGAACGCAAGGCAAUGGGGAACAAAUGGGUCCUUGUACUCAAGCACAACAAGAACGGCACACCCAUCCGACACAAGGCAAGACUCGUAGCCCAAGGAUUUAGUCAGCAACCUGGCAUUGAUUUUGACAAGACAUUUGCACCCGUUGUACGUCUUGAUUCAAUCCGUACGCUUGUAUCAAUCGCUAACCAGUACGAUUGGGAUAUACGACAGCUUGAUGUAAACUCGGCUUACCUACACGCCGAAGUCAACAAAGAUUUAUACAUGCAGCAAAUCCCUUAUUUUAGCGACGGUACAAACAAAGUGUUAAAAUUAAAGCAAUCAAUUUACGGACUGAAACAAGCAGGACGGAUGUGGAAUAAACUAUACAACACAAAGCUGAAAGCAAUUGGAUACACACCAUGCUUUACCAACGCAUGUGUAUACCACCAAAUCAACAACAUUAACGCAUUCCAACGCAAUCGUAAGAAUGGCAUCAUCACACUCAACCAAGCAGCAUAUAUUAACUCACUAGUUGAUUAUGCAGGCCUUGCAGAAGCUUACCCUGCCAACACUCCUUUUAGCCCAACCGUACAACUCACUCAAUACAAAGGAGUCAAACCAAAGUUCAAUUAUGGUACAUACAUUGACUUUGGCAAAUUAGGCUAUUCCGACGCCAAUUGGGGAAGCAACUUACUAGAUUCUAAGAAGCAAGCAACUGUUGCCUUAUUGACAAUGGAAGCGGAGUAUAUGGCGUUAUCUCACGCAUGUACUCAAGCUAUGUGGCUCCGUCAAUUUUUUGAGGAAUUACAAUACGUUGCUGACACACCAACAUUAAUUGUUUCAGACAACCUCGCUGCGCUCGCUCUGUCCGAAGAAUUGCAAUUCCAUGGACGAUCGAAACACAUCGACAUCCGACACCACUUCAUGCGAGAUCUCAUAGAGAAACGCAAGGUAGCUACACUGUACGUACCAACUAAAGAAAACUUAGCCGACGCUUUUACUAAAGCGUUACCCGCACCACAGUUUAGUUAUCUAAUGCAAGGAAUCAUGGGCAAGCCGAUGAGCGAAGGAUAA